AUGUCAGCUCAAGCAACACGAACUGUCAACGCAACGCCUGAGCAAGUGGCACAUGAUGUGUGGGAGACGUUUCGACAGGCACAGCCCUUACCAGCUCGCUCUCUGUUGGAGCAACACCCUGGGGAACCAUGGCGUGGAACGUCCGUCGUGACACGCGCGCUUUGGCGGUACCUGGUGGAUGCGACCAUGCAACCUUCAGCUGUGACGCAGGUGCAGCCAAUUCCAUUGGUAGCAGGUAUACCUCGACCGGCGACAAGGAUGACGCUGACGGACGCAUUUACUUUGAUGCAGACCGAGGCGGAGAGGGUGAUUGUGGGAUUUGAGGAAAGUGCAGCAGCAGGAACCCUAGUCGAGAUGCAAGAGUUGGCCCAGAAUGGAGCAGCGCAAGGACAACAGGCAGGAACGGCGUUGCAGCACCAGAUUCAGCGAAUCGAGGCGCUCAAUAUCUUCCGAGGGGUCCUUGACAUCGUUCCACCGGGGACACGCACAAGCACAGCGACCUUCCGCGACAUUGCGAGAAGCUUGCGCUUCCUUGCGAAUGAUUGUAGAAGUCGACGCUCCUUGUACUUGCGAGACAGUGCACAACACGGUUGCAUACCUCUUCAAGAACUCUCUCAAUUUGUCUUUCCCCCACAACGCAUUCAGACGAGUGUGCCAUUACCAGGCAGCAUCUUGCGAAUGCUCUACUUGCGGGGUGCAUUGGCGAUUGAAGAGGACUUGCCAAACAGGCCAGUGGCAGAACGACAAAGUAUGCAACGGUUGAUCCACUUGGGUAGGGCAGCAAUGGCGUUCCAGGAUCGCUGGCCAGUUGGUUGGAGAGCCUUUCUCGCCCUCUGGUCUGGCGGAGCGCAAUAA